GGGCCGGUGUCUCCGCUCAGUCGUCGUGCUUCGUGGGUCACUAUGGAUCCGUGCUCGUUCUCCUCUUUCAGCUCGUGUGUCACUAAACACUUGAACCUCACGUGCGCUGUGGACUUCAGCCGGCGCGUGCUCACGGCGGACGUGGCGCUCACCGUGGAGGCUCUGCAGGAUCGGUUCUCCACCCUGGUCCUGGACAGCAGAGACUUGACCAUUCUGAAGGUGACAGCUAAUGGACAGCAGGCCAAGUUCACGAUGGGGGCCAGAGAUGGUUCUAAGGGUGCCCCUGUUGAAAUCCAGCUGCCCUUUGACCUUUCCAGAGGCCAGCAGGUCAUCGUGGACGUGAGCUACGAGACUGCUCCCACUGCCACGGCGUUGCAGUGGCUCACACCCGCUCAGACCGCUGGGAAAAAACAGCCCUACCUGUUCAGCCAGUGCCAGGCUCAUCACUGCAGGAGUAUGAUCCCGUGUCAGGACAGCCCGUCCAUCAAACACACCUACUAUGCCCAGGUGUCCGUUCCAAAACAGCUGGUGGCGCUGAUGAGUGCCAUGCCCGAUGGACAGGAGCCCGACCCUGAGGACAGCAGCCGUGUCAUCUACCGCUUCAGGCAACCGGUUCCCAUCCCCUCCUACCUGAUUGCUCUUGUUGUUGGAGACCUGGAGAGCAGGGAGAUCGGGCCGAGGUCUCGCGUCUGGUCUGAGAAGGAGUAUGUGGACAAAGCAGCGUACGAGUUCUCCGAGACAGAGGCCAUGCUGAAAACUGCUGAGGACCUGGUGGGUCCCUAUGUUUGGGGUCAGUAUGACAUCCUGGUUCUGCCACCAUCUUUUCCCUACGGAGGCAUGGAGAACCCCUGCCUGACCUAUGCCACGCCCACUCUGCUGGCAGGAGACAAGUCUCUGUCCAAUGUCAUCGCCCACGAGAUCUCCCACAGCUGGACCGGUAACUUGGUCACCAACAAAACCUGGGAACACUUCUGGUUGAACGAGGGCCACACGGUCUACCUGGAGAGGAUGAUCGGCAGGUCUCUGCAGAGCGAGCAGUUUAGGCAGUUUCAAGCUCUUGGAGGCUGGAAGGACCUGCAGGACUCGAUCAACACGUUUGGAGCCAACAACCCGCUGACCAAUCUUGUGCCCAGUUUGGUCAAUGUUGACCCCGAUGAUGCAUUUUCCUCAGUGCCUUAUGAGAAGGGCUUUGCGCUGCUCUACCACCUGGAGGAGCUCCUGGGCGGUCCUGAGGUGUUCAUGGGUUUUGUGAAGUCCUACAUCCAGAUGUUUGCCUACCGUAGUGUCACCACAGACGAGUGGAAGAACCACCUGUUCACCUACUUCAAAGACAAGUUGGAUGUUCUCAACAAGGUGGACUGGGAAGCCUGGAUGCAUGUUCCUGGGAUGCCUCCAGUCAAACCAAAGUAUGACACCACGCUGGCCAACGCCUGCAUUGCUCUGAGUGACAGAUGGACUAAGGCCACAAAUGAAGAUCUGGUGAGUUUCAAAGCCUCGGAUGUGAAGACUCUGUCAUCCCACCAGCUGGUUGAGUUCCUGUCACUCCUGCUUCAAAAGGAGCCCCUUCCGCUCACUCAUGUGAUGAAGAUGCAAGAGCUUUAUGAUCUGAACGCCUGCAACAACUCUGAAGUCCGUGUCAGGUGGUUGCGGCUCUGUGUGCGCGCCAGGUGGGACAAUGCUGUCACCCUGGCACUGAAGAUGGCGACGGAGCAGGGCAGGAUGAAGUUCACCCGGCCCCUCUUCAGAGAUGUGUUUAACUUUGAGAAGCACCGCCAAGAGGCCGUCCGCGUGUUCCAGACGCACAAGGCCCACAUGCACCAGGUCACUUCUGGGCUGGUUGCCAAAGAUCUGAAGGUGGAUGUCGGCGAGAAACCCAGUCCAUAACGGAGCGAGACUGACCGGGUCCGAUCGGAGGCUGCAGGAGAGUCAUUUGAAUAAAGAUGUGAAACGUA